AAUGGGCAAGUUUUCUGGGAAGAAAUGUCGGCUGCUGUCUAUGUUAUGGCUGACAGGCACAUUCUUUGUUGUGGAAUUGAUAGUCGGCUAUGUGACCAAUUCUAUGGCACUCGUAGCCGACUCCUUCCAUAUGUUGAGUGAUGUUGCCGCUCUUGUUAUUGCAUUCUUAUCAGUUAAGAUGUCACCAAAGAAAUGGUCAAAGAAUACAUUCGGAUGGGCACGGGCGGAAGUUCUGGGAGCGUUAGUGAAUGCGGUAUUCCUCGUGGCGUUAUGCUUCAGUAUAACAGUGGAGGCCGUGCAGAGGUUCAUCAAGAUAGAGACGAUACACAACGCGAAGUUGCUGGUGGCCGUCGGAACCCUCGGAUUGAUACUGAACAUCGUUGGAUUGUUUUUAUUCCAUGAACAUGGUAGCAGUCACGGCCACACACACGGCGGUGUUCCACCACCAGCAAACGUCAGACACCUCACAGAGCUAGUGAAUAGCAAUGCAGAUAUGGCACUAGGCCAUGCCGCCACCGAUACGGAAGAAACUGAUGAGAUGGUACCACCAAAGAUAGAUAAGAUACCGAGCAAGCAAGCACCCCGACCGACCUCUGAUCCAGGACAUUUGAAUAUGAAGGGAGUUUUUCUUCACGUCCUUUCCGACGCAUUAGGUUCGCUAAUAGUUGUGAGCUCGGCGCUGGUGGUCUGGCUCACUAAUUGGGAGUACAAGUACUACAUCGAUCCGGCUCUCAGUAUAGUUCUAGUCAUUUUGAUACUUGCCUCCGUGUGGCCGCUGUUGAGAGAAUCCGCCCUCAUCCUCUUGCAGACAGUUCCGACACACAUACAGGUUGACGCGAUACAAAGACGUCUCCUAGAGAAAGUGGAUGGCGUGCUCGCAGUCCACGAGUUCCACGUGUGGCAGCUCGCCGGCGACAGGAUCAUUGCGAGUGCUCACAUUAGGUGUAGAAAUUUAUCGGAGUACAUGAAGAUUGCAGAAAAAGUUAAGGAAUUCUUUCACAACGAAGGAAUUCACUCCACGACCAUACAGCCGGAAUUCGUGGAACUGCCUCUAGACGGCAAUGAGAUAAUGAGCGGCGCGUCCGCAGAAGCCCCGUGUGCACUGCACUGCCCGCCGAACGACCUGUGUCACAACGCCACGUGUUGCGGACCCAACCAGCAGAAACAAAGUACACCGUCCCCAACGGUCACUCCGUAUUUAUGCAGACAAAGGAACAUGGGCUCGCGGACGGAGUCGAUUAGUUCGAACCUUGGAACCGGCGGCCAAGGAAAUGCCACUGCGAGGAAUCUGGACGCGUUAGAGUGCGGGUCCCUUCUACCGUCCCCGAUGCCAGACGGACGCCUAGCUGUGUGACAUGCAGCCGCAUAGUGCCCCCACGUCACGUUACACAUUAGCUGUGAAAUUAAAACCUACACAAAUAAAAUCACUCACAUAAAUAGGUAAUUUUUUUUAAGGAAUGAAAUGUAUGAAAUAAAUGUUGGCAAUGAAUGAUGAUUUUAAAUCAUUUAUGUAAAAAAAUAUUUGUUUAUAAUCAAUGAAAAAAAAUAGUAUCUUACAAAUAAUUUCAACUUUCGUAUUCUGAUAUAACAAAUAAAAAAUAUCUCGUAACUGAGGACUCAUUUAACAUACUAUAAAAUAAUUGAUAAAGUAAUACAUGAGACGUCCAUAAGCCAGUGUUUCGGCCCAAAAAUUGAUAUAAUAUUAUUUUGAUCACGACACGGAAGUCUAAUGUCCAAAAAUGUCGGAAUUUUCGGCAAAAGUUCGAAAUUGUCAUUCCUUGCACUACCUAGCACAAAACAAUAUCAGUAAUUUAAAUUAAUAAUAAUUGUAUUCUCAAAUUAUUGUUCUGGAAUUCCAAUAUCUCAUGCGCGCUAUUAAUAUAUUUUUCUCAUUUUUGGUCCGAAAAAACCCUAUUGGACUCUCACCCUUCAUUAGAAUCGUUUUACUAAAUUAGGAUUUCAAAAAAAAAAACAACAAUGUGUUCGUAGACAUAAGCAUUUCACUUCUGUGUGUUAGUUAAUGUACCAAAUCACGAAGUUGGUUCUAUAUUAAAAAAAUCCUUUUACGGUAAUAGUGAUGAAUUGUGUUAAUAUAAUUUAUAGUCUACAAGACAAGUAUGUCAGGGUUAAUAGCUUAUAAGCGAUAUAUUAUAAAUGAUUAGGCAUAGUUAAGUGAAUAACACUGUUGCAUUAUUUUUUCUGUUUUCUUUUUUUUCUAUACAGCCUAAUCCUUUAUAUUAUUACGCCUAGUGAAUACAAAUAAUAUAAAAACUUUUCUGUCCUCUUUUCUGUUUUUAAUUUACGAAAUAUAAUUUUAAUUAAAAAAUAGUACAAAAGUACAAUUAACAUGUUUCUUUUUUAAAUAUUGCAAUAUAAUCUGAUAAAUAGAUACAUACAUCAUAAUUAUACAAUAUAUAUUCGUAUGUUUAAUAUAAGCCUUUGGACUUCAAGAACUGGCGAUAGGUUUCAUAGUGAUUAAUAAGAGAAUUUGUACAAUCAUAUAAACGACAAAUCUUUGUCCAAUGUAAAAUUAAA